CACUCACGCAAAUAAUUGGGUCAAAGAAAAUGCACACUACUGCCUACCACCCUUCAUCAAAUGGAAUGAUCGAAAGAUGGCAUCGGACAUUGAAGACUGCAAUUACGUGCCAUAACAAUCCGGAGUGGGUUGAUAUCUUACCUACAGUUUUGCUAGGACUCAGAUCAAGCAUCAAGGAGGACAUCAAAGCAUCUUCUGCGGAACUGCUUUAUGGAACUACACUACGUAUUCCUGAUAAAAUAUUCGAAUUGGACGUGAAUGGAAAAGCUACAACUAUCUCAACAAAAAGACUAAAACCAGCAUAUUUUGAAGAACCUUCUUCUGGCCAAUCUCCAAACUCGGAACCAACCAGCAUUCAACCUACUCUGCGCACAUACCCAGGAGCAAAGAAAAAAGUCCAUUUCGCGGCUUGAUUUCUCAAACCACUCGGAGGGGAGUAUUGUGGCGCUUCUGUCGGCCGUGACGGCGCUGCAGUCCAGAGCGCUGCUCUGCAAUUUUUAUUUCCGCUAAGUUGGUACCAAGAGACACUUUUUUCGUUUUUAAUAACUAACGGACAGGAGAAUCGAAUCCUCUCAAUUCAUUUUCGCCUUUUUUGUAAAACACGUACAAUAAAGUUCUUGUAUUUUAAAAUACGAUAACGUAUUCAUUUUUGGAGAGAUACCGCGAAACA